AUGGGCAAGGAACAUUCUCUCCGUGAAGAAAUUAACCCAUCAAGCUAUGGUGAUAGAAUUACUGUUCUAAGCAUUGAUGGGGGUGGGAUUAGAGGCAUCAUUCCUGGAACCAUUUUGAGUUUCCUUGAAUCCAAAUUACAAGAACUAGAUGGAGAAGAAGCGAGAAUUGCAGACUACUUUGAUGUGAUUGCGGGAACAAGCACAGGAGGACUAAUAACAACCAUGUUGACAGCACCUGAUGAGAAGAAGAGACCUCUUUUUAAGGCGAAAGAUAUAGUUCCAUUUUAUCUUGAGCACUGCCCCAGGAUUUUUCCUCAAGCCAGUCGGAGAAUUAUGAGACUGUGUGCCUUGAUUGGACCUAAAUAUGAUGGCAAGUACCUGAGAAAGAUGCUUCGUCAGAUACUUGGAGCUCGAAGACUGCAUGAAACUGUUACACGAAUUGUUAUACCUACUUUUGAUAUCAAGCUGCUUCAACCCCAUGUCUUCUCAACCUUUGAGGCAGAGAUUGAUGCUUCUGAGGAUGCAUUGUUAUCAGAUGUUUGCAUCAGUACUUCGUCUGCUCCAACUUAUCUUCCAGCUCAUUACUUCAAAACUAGAGACUCAGGUGGGAACGAGAGGGAAUUCCAUCUUGUUGAUGGUGGUGUGGCAGCUAACAAUCCUGCACUGCUGGCAAUGAGGCCAACAGGAACAGUGUUCCCAGGAAGUCCAGAUGCUCUAGCUGCACCACAAAGCCUAGACUACAGGAAAUACUUAGUGCUCUCUCUUGGCACUGGUACUUCAAAGAUGGAGAAGAAGUACGAUGCAAAAAUGGCCUCAAAAUGGGGGAUCAUGGGCUGGUUCUACAAAGAUGGCCACUGCCCUUUGGUUGAUGCUUUCACUUUUGCUAGUGGAGACAUGGUUGACCUUCACAUGUCAUUGAUCUUCAGGUCCAUUAGAUGUGAGCAUAACUACCUUCGUAUCCAGGAUGACACUUUGAGUGGGCAAGUCUCAUCGACCGAUAAGGCGACCAAGAAUAACUUGAAGGAUCUCGUGAAGACGGGGGAGAGUCUGCUGCAGAAACCUUUUUCCAGGAUAAAUCUUGACACAGGAAUUUUUGAGCCUGUGGAAAAUGAAGGCACCAAUGAAAAAGCCCUCAUUAGGUUUGCAAAAUCACUAUCGGAGGAAAGAAGACUGCGCAGGAAAAUAUCAAGCUAA